AUUGGAUAAAGUUAUUUUAUGAAAAUAAAUAGAAAAUCACUAUCAAUUAAAGUGAUGCUGCACAUGCUCUAAAAUUUUUGAAGCACUCAUGAAUAACGUAAUAUUUGCACAUCUCUUUCAAGUGGAAUACACUUGAAUAUGCCCUAAGGUUUCAUUGUAGUGAUUUUCAUGUGCCAAACACAUUCGAGUCAUCUGUUUGGUUUUUGUAAGUCAAGUGGCAGCUGUAUUAAACGAAGAAAAAAUGGCGAGUAAACACAGCAGCGGGUCGCGUUCUAUUGUAGAUGUUGCUGGAUUCCCGGAUUAUAUACGAAAGUUUUUACAAAAUUCGGAAGUAAAUGAAAGCGAUCCAACGGCAAUUUUACAACUUCUAAUCAAAUCUAACUUGGUGACGCUUGUUCAGCAAGAGGGCAACGAAACGAUAAUUUCGAUAAAGCCCGAUGAGGAUUUACCCCUGGCUUCGCGAGAAAAUUUGGACAGGGACAAUUCCACUUUGGAUUCACCAGCCUGUGCGAGCUCAAUUCUGCAGGAUUGGGAAUUUACGCAAGAGGAGUUGUUGGUACCUGAUGCUCAGCCUGUUAGAGAUAACGUUGUGUCAAGGCAAAAUCGAAGCAAUUCUACCGGAAAUAUAUCUGUGAUCUACGCAUCAUCGACCGAAAAGGAAGUUUCGACAAACGAGUCAAACCCGCAAUUUGAUUCUGAGCUAACACCCAAUAUUUUGGAAGAUUUGUUAAAAAAAAACAUUAUUGGCAACGAAAUCUUAGAGCUUGGUGCAAAAGGGUGCUUAUCAGAGCGACGAAAAUUAGAACUGGCCGGGAUUGUCGCGGAGUGGCACUUGUCCAGGAAAAAUAAAACACGAGAAGAAGACCUAGCAAAGUAUGCUAAAUCGAUUGUUCUGCUAUUCAAAAACGAACGUCAGAACGAUUACUAUUUACCGAAAGGCGGCGAUAAAAAAAACCCAGGUGGAAAAAUUUACAACAAAAUAAAUACAAUCAGAACUCAAUGCCGCAAACGAAAACUGGAUGACGAAAAGCAAGCAGAAAUAAAUAAAGAUACUGGAGUCUACUGCGAAAAAAGGAGCGCAAACGACACAAGUAUAGAAGAAUCUGAAAACUGGUUGAAGUUGAAUGAUGGUCCGUGGUCCACGGUUUUAGAUAAGUGGAAGGCCAGCUUUUUGAAGCGUAAAGAUUAUCUAGCAAAGUGCCACUGUAAAGAUAACCUGCGUAAGGGUAACCUUUGGAAAUUUAUACGCUGUGAAUAUGGUUAUCAAUUGAUCGACAUUGAUUUUCGACACAUGGAACUUUCCCCCAACUGUGAAAGUACAGAUCUGAAUUCCAAGUGGAAGCAUGUCCUCCGUCUUGCUGGAGCCUACAUUACUCAUCGAACAGUAGAUGAACCUUCAUUGGAUUUGAUAAAUAUUUUGAACGAUGUAGAUGCUUCACAAGAUUCGCGAAUUUGAGCACUACUACUUUUAUUAAAUUGUGUACUUCAACCACAAAAAGUGUCAUCUAAUUUCAGACCUACAGUGAUAAAUGGUCGAGAAGAUACAAUUGUGUUCGCCGAAUCUGACGAAGACGCCAC